UCAGACUUCUUCCUAUUUUCAUACGUGAUUCCUAUUUUUUCACCAUGCAUAUUCGCUGCACUUUACUGCUAACAAGUAUGUUCCUCUUAUUUUCAAGAGCAGAUGCUUACUUUGGUUACGGGUUGAUUCGUUGCCUGUUUACUUCCGAGGAUGAUGUUGUUUAUCUGGUACAGCUCUACUUUAAUAAGGUGCUUCAGGCUCAGUACAACAGCACUUUGGGGAAAUAUGUCGGCUACACAGAGAAAAUGAAAGAAAUUGCAAAUGAACUCAACAAAAACCAACGUUUCUUGGAACAAGAAAAAAAGAACAAACAGAAGUGCAGAACCAACGUCCCGCUAGUGUUUGAUGUGCUUUCAAGACCAGUUGAGCCCACAGUCAAGCUGAGGUUAGCUGAGUCACCAGAAAGUGAACAUCCAGGCACGUUGAUGUGCAGCGCGUACAACUUUUAUCCCAAACAAAUCAAACUGACGUGGCUGAGGGACGGAAAGGAGGCAACAUCUAAUGUGACUUCCACUGAUGAACUACCCAACGGAAACUGGCUCUAUCAGAGUCACUCCUACCUGGAGAUUAUACCCAAACCUGGAGAGAACAUCAGUUGCAUGGUGGAGCACGCCAGCCUCAUGGAGCCCAAAUUUUAUGACUGGGAUCCAACAUCCGAGGCAGAGAAGAAUAAGAUUGCUAUAGGUGUAGCAGGGCUGCUCCUGGGUUUGGUGUUUGUACUCGGUGGAGCUGUUUUCUACAAGCGGAACACUACAAGCCGGAUAUUGGUGCCAACAAGUUAAUCUACCUGUUUGGAGGUACUGUCUGAAGGUGGAAUCAUCUAAGAAACAAUGGCAGCAAAUGGAAAAAAGUCAAUUUUGAGUUUGCCAACUGGGAAAAUAUACUAAUACUUUGUCCAUUUAGACUGGAGAAUUCAGAAAUAUUCAGCAAAAAAAGGAAAAAAAACAUAUGACUUAAGAAUUUUGUUUAUAAAACAUCACAACUAAAUUAACAAUGUAACUAAUUAUUUAAUUAAUUAAUUUAGAUUUCUCAGAGUGUGGGCUGUAAAUGUUCAUGUUGACAGAGAUGCUGCUGUUUUGAAGGUCUACUUGAUCGUGAAAUGUUUUAUUAAUAUUACUGAAAAUGUUAAAAAUAUGUAUCUGGGGCUUAGAUAAAAUAGAUAUAUUUUAUUAAUCUAGUCAUUCAGUUAUUCUAACAAGCUGAUUUAUUUAUAGACUUAAUGUGAAACUGCAUCGUGCAAUAUGUUCUUUAUUUUCUUGUUCCAGCUGUUUUAACUUAAAGAUUUCGUUCUUUUCUUUGUCAAGUGUGAACUGGAUACCUUUAGGUUUGUAGGGCCCAGUUGUUCAAAAGCAAUGUGGCAGGAUAAGGAUUAUUUGAUGUGAAAUAUCAAAAUUAACCUGAUCCCAGCAAGGGGCUGAAUUUGGUCUGGAUUACAAAGGAAAAAUGAAACAAAAACUCAAAAGGAAAAGAAAAAUAGAACUGGUAUACUGAGUUUUUUUCA